AUGGCCGAAGAAGACGCACCCAAGAAGCGCACCUUCAAGAAGUACUCCUACCGCGGCAUUGACCUGGACAAGCUUCUGGAUAUGAGCAACCAGGACCUCAUGGAGCUCUUCUGCGCCCGGCAGCGCCGCAAGUUCAGCCGCGGCAUCAAGCGCAAGCCCAUCACGGUGCUCAAGAAGCUCCGAAAGGCGAAGCGUGAGACCGCCUAUGGCGAGAAGCCCGAGGCCGUGAAGACGCACCUCCGCAACAUGGUCAUCGUUCCGGAGAUGAUUGGCAGCGUGGUUGGUGUCUACAACGGCAAGCAGUACAUCAAUGUGGAGAUCAAGCCCGAGAUGAUUGGCCACUACUUGGGCGAGUUCUCGAUCACCUACAAGCCCAUCAAGCACGGCCGUGCAGGUAUGAUGGGAAAGAACUCGCAGUUUGUGUAUAACAUUGCCGAAGCGAGUAUGGCACAUUGGCAGUUGCCGGCCACGGCGGCAUUUCUGUUCGCCAUGGUGUUGGAAUCCGUGUUCUUCGUGCUGAUGCACCUGCCGUCGCCCGGAGGCACACGCCCUUUGAGCAUGAUCAACAUCUUCGUGGGGGGGAUGGCUGGCGGGCUCAAUGUGCUGCUCACCGGCGGCCGUUUGGGUUUCGCCCUCGGCUGGCACUUCGGAUAUGGUUUUCCUGCAUAUGGUAUGGCGAGUUUAGGAGGGGAAGCCAUGGACGCAGCGGUUCUGCUCUCCCUCUACAUCUGGGAGGGUUGCAUGCAGGGCAUCGCCUUCGAGACGAUCCCGGCCCUAUUGAGGAAGAACCCGUGGGCAGUGAGCAAGGGAGAGAGCGACGAAAACGAGAGGCUUCUGAACUAUUCCGAGGUGCCCUUUCAGAUCAAGUGGCUGCUUUGCUUCCUUGUUGAAAGGCAGGGAUCCCUGUGGCGAGCGGAGUCCCGGGAGUCGAAGCUCGUGAUUCUCCUGUCUCUUUCGGGCUUUGCUUUACUUGCCUGUUCCAGCGCCGUCGUGGAGAUGCUCACGUCGCAACCUCCCGCCCUUUGGUCGCUUGUGCCGUUCAUCGGCAUGUUGGCUGCCCUGACAGCUCUGGCAGACAUUCUGAUGGAUGGCUGGGGUGUGGAGAGGCUUCGACCAGAACACGCUUCGUUAUACCAGGGUGUUGGCCUGGAGCUCGGCUGUUUGGGCGCCAACGCGGUGUUCUUCCACCUGAAGGAUCCGAAGACUACGGAAGAAGUUUCCGUGCUAUUCAGGGCGGCAGGCAUGCUUUCCGUGGCUAUUGCUGGUUGUCUGUAUCUGCGGAUCCCUGGACUGAGAAAUGCGGCAGCUCAGGGACAGGGCUUCCGACAUCAAGUCACGGAAGUGUUCGGUUUCCUUGCACGGAGUGUCAGAGCCAGAUACUUCCUGGGGCUAGUAUUGCUGCUGAAUUUGAUCAACGGCCAUGUGGACUUUCAGAGCCAACGCUACGAUGCAGUUGGCCUGACGCCAGAAAAACUAGCAUUCUUCAACAUGCUGGUUGUGCCGGUGUCCUGUUGCACAGCUUACUUUAUGGGAACUACGGAUUGGCCAGCACAUCGUCUAAGGUCACUUUAUUUCGGGCUCGUGAUCCUGAACUUCGCAUCCAUUUGGCACUUGCACGCUUGUCAAACUGCGACGCCGGAGACGCUGGAAGCUGGCAGCUUGUACUGGACAUAUGCAGGUCUCUCUGUAGUGCGAAAACUGAUCCGCGAUUCGAUCUUCGUAAUUGAAGUUAGCAUUAUCAACGGCCUUGCUGCGACGCGCCCCUUGAUUUCUGGUUCAAUCAUCUCUGUGCUUGCAAGCGCCUCCAACUUUUGUGGCUCCCUGCCGGAGCAGUGGAUGCCAACUGCCAUUGACUCUGUUGGCCUCGAGUGGACUGUCACUAUACACACGGCCUUGGGACUGGUUGCUGUUUUGCUGCUGGUCCCCCUCAUCGGCUAG